ACUUGUUACCAACUAAUUCCUACAGAUUAUCCUGUAACAAUUGUAAAUGAAAUCAGGCAUUCUGAUUGUCGAGUAUUAGAAGGAAAAUUCAGAACUCCUCUUUCAAUGUAUCUGCCUGGCUUAAUUCGCAAAGAAGUGCAAGACUGCGUCUUUCAAAUGGUUCUACCCAUAGAAUGGAAUAGUACUUACAAACCAGUUUGUAUUCAUUUCGCAGGAACAGGAGAUCACUAUUUUUGGAGGCGUAGGAAAAUUAUGGCAGAGCCUUUACUGAAAGAAGGUAUUGGAGCUAUCAUCUUAGAAAAUCCUUAUUAUGGUACUAGAAAACCCAAAGAUCAAAUAAGAUCGAGUUUACAUUAUGUUUCUGAUAUAUUUGUCAUGGGUGGCUGCUUAAUUUUAGAGGGUUUAGUUCUUUUGCAUUGGUGCGAGAAACUUGGAUUAGGACCUCUAGGCGUCACCGGAAUUUCAAUGGGUGGACACAUGGCUUCUUUGGCAGCAUCAAAUUGGCCAAGACCUUUAGUGCUAGUUCCUUGCUUAUCAUGGUCCUCUGCUUCCUCUGUUUUCACUGAGGGAGUGAUGAGUGAAUCUAUAGACUGGGACAUGUUACAAGAACAAUUUAUGUCGGACAGUUCCUACAGUGAUGAUCUCUCUAAGUUAUGCACAAUAGUAGAUAAUCCAUUUGCCUGUGAUCUUUUUCAUCUUCCAGAUAAACUUUUCAACUCGUCAUAUCUUCCGUUAAAAGGCAAAGAUGUAGCCAACAUAACACCAUACCAGUUAAUCAACUUGAAGAGUUGUGCUACUUGUCCGGAUAUUGUACUCAGACCUCCCACCGAAUCUGUAGAAAAAAUGUCGUCCAAUAGUUCCUCAGUCACCAAUUUUUUCAAGAGUCCAGUCCAAAUAAAACUAAAUAAGGUUGAUGAGAUGAAGAAGCGCGAUAGUGAGGCAAUAUGGUUCAUGAGAGGUAUAAUGGAUGAAUGUACUCACUUGAAGAAUUUUUCUGUGCCAUUUGAUACAUCUCUUAUAAUUUCUAUUUGUGCCAGUGCUGAUGGAUAUGUUCCUAGGACUGGACUCUCUCAUUUAGAAGAUAUAUGGCCAGGUGCAACAGUUAAAUAUGUUGACUGUGGUCAUGUUGGUGCAUACAUUUGGCAUCGUAACAUAUUUAGAGAAUCCAUAAUUGAGGCUUUCGAGAGAGCUAAGAAAAAGUAUAAGCCUCUAUCUGCUCAAACAGAUAAUUUAUAAUUGACUGAUACCAAGUAUUGUGAUUAUUCACCUGGUGCCUUUAUUAAAGUUGACGUGUUAUAAUUUUGUAAUGUUGACAUGUUAUAAUGUUGAAUUUUUUUUAAAUGUUGAAAUGUACAUAAGAGUUUAUAUUUCUGAUUUGUGUACAUGACCAAAGGUAAAAUUUUUGUGAUAUUUUUACAAUAAAUUGAAUUUGCUA